GUCCGAUACACGCUCGCUCAUCCGAAAAGGAGGAGAAACAGCCGAGAAAUCACCAACUCAAUCAUGGGGGGUAAGUAGGCGGUACGCGGUUGGCGAAGUGACGGGAUCGACUUCGCUUGCCGCGAUGGCAUCGGCUGACCCGUACCAGGACGAGAGCGAGGAGGUGUCUGAUGAGCCAUCCGCAUCAAUCACGCCAAAGGAUGAGGUGAGCCUCUGGAGCGGUAGAGUCUAGGACGAGACCGAUGAUACCAACCGCUUGGCAACGUGCUUAACACUCGUGAUGGCUAUCCUGUCUGUCAGAUCUUCAUGCCGGCUGAUCUCCGGCGGCGCAUCGGGUCGGUGGAGGGCCAUGUGGCGGCGUUCCAGGGCGCCUUCGAGCGCACCUUCAGAGGACUGGACACAUCCCAAUCCGAGUGGUGGGUGAUGCUGACUGAUCUCUCACCUAUCAUUCAUGGAUGUCUGCUGCCUGUUUUGUUUGUGCACUCAUUCAUUCUUCAGGGGCACAUUCUCGGGCGGUUUGGUGAGUUUGGGUGUGGCGCUGACGCAGGUGCUGCGCACCAUUCAUCCCGACCUCGGCGGGUACACCAUCCAUCCCGUGGACCCCAUGCCGCCCUCCCUACCGCCAUACGAGCAGCCCACCACCACUGAUGAAGGUCGGACAGACACAACAAAACAAACACAUCUCACACGAUUGGUCAGACAUUCACUCAUUCAAUCAUUCAUUCAUUCAUCCAUCUGUCCAUCCAUCCAUGGGUGCGGUGCAGUUGUGCGUGUGCUCAACACGCUGCCGAGUGAGGAGCGUCUGAGUCAGUGCCAGAAGUGGCUGCGUGCCUUCAGGGAGCAGAACCCCAAGAUCGACCUACAGAACGCCGCCAACUGUCAAAAACUUAUGGUCCGUCCGCGAGGCAGCCAGCCAGGAAGACAGAAACAUGAAUGAAUGAAUCAGACCGACCACAGCACAGCACGUUGGGUAUGUAUGGAUGUGUGGUGUUUGGGUUUGUCAAUGAUCAGAGCCACCUGGCGGGUUUCUCCCAGGUCUGCGACGAGCUCUCAAAGCGCGCCGACACACACGGUCGGUGAGCCAACGUCUAGAAUACGGCACUGCCACAGAGGUAUGUAUGUGUGUGCAUGACCUCGUGUACCUGCAGAGAAGCCCCCUGCCUACAAGAAGCCCCGUGUCACCAGGAGGAUGGCGAGAGACCAGUCAGGUGAGAAGCUCAAAGCGCUCGCUGUCCUAUCCACUCCCCCCUGAAUCCUGUAUUUGUGGAUGCAGCCAACGAGGUCAAAGAGCGAAAGGAACUCACCUCUAUGCUCACGAGCCUCCAAACCGGCAAUGGUAACUGACUUCAGUCGGUGUGUAUGUGUGCGGAAAGGGCACUGUGUGUGGUGCGCACGCCUGUGCAGGUUUGGGUCUCAUGACAGAGAGCGACGAGGAGCGCGAGGAGGCCAGGGAGCGAAGGCGUAAGGCGGCAGCCGCCAGUCAGAUGCAUCGACCGCAUGCCCACUCCGCUGCCCCUGAUGCGCAUGCACCACAUCCGAGGCCAUCAUCCGCACUGCCUCACGGAGCCCCUCUGGCGCGCCCAGCAAUGCAGUAUCAUCAGCAUCAGCAGCAGCAGCAGCGUGCGGCGGCCCCUCAUGGUUUGGCCCCUCGCCAUCCUAUGUAUCUCCAGCACCAACACCCACACCGACAGCCACCGCAUCAGCCGAGGCGGGGGUGAUCUCAGCUGCAACGUGAUGUGUGCGCUGACUAAUGAGGACAAUUCGCAGCCCAAGCGGCUCAUCGAGCAAAGAGCAGCAUGUGUGAGUAGCGGCUUACUCUGGAGCUUGCAGUCAAUGGGCAAGGCAUUCCCACUGAGACAAUGACGAAGUUACAUGGUGUGUAUGUCGCCGGAACUCCGCAUUCACCGGCCCAAUGCUGUGUACAUUGGUGUUUGUCUUUGUGGUGUGCGAGAUGAAUGUGUUCG